CUUUUAUUAUCUCUGUUUUCAAUUCUCAACAACUCUUCAGUUCCCCCCGUUCUCUCUCUCUCUCUCUUCUACUGUGGGUGAGCAUAGAGAGAGAUUUUGAUGGUUGCGUGAAGCAAAAGCUUGGUAUAUUAGUCUCCAACACACUCUCAGUAUCUCACUGUCGUUUCUCGAUCGGAAUUAAACCUUCUCUGUUUGAUCCUCGAAAUGGGCAAGAAAGAUCAGCACCAGCAAAUAAUAAGGGAUCUCAUGAGAGACAACCCCAAAGUCGAAGCCGUUCUUCACCUUCUCAGAAAACAAGCCCCGCUGACGGUAAAACAGGAGAAGUUCUGUAACAGUGCUUGUGUGGAGAGGUUUCUGAAAGCGAAAGGGGAGAGUGUGAAGAAGUCGGCCAAGGCACUCAGAGCUUGCCUUUCCUGGAGAAACACUAUUGGGACUGAUCACUUGAUAGCAGAUGAGUUCUCUGCUGAACUUGCAGAAGGCGUUGCCUACGUGUCUGGUCAUGAUGAAGAAUCCAGGCCUGUUGUGAUUUUCCGGUUCAAACAAGACUACCAAAAGUUGCAUUCCCAGAAACUGUUCACUAGGUUAUUGGUAUUCACGCUGGAGGUGGCCAUUCAGACGAUGACCAAAAACGUCGAGCAGUUUGUUCUUCUCUUCGACGCAAGCUUUUUCAGGUCAGCGUCGGCUUUUAUGAACCUGCUUCUGCCAACUAUGAAAAUUGUGGCAGAGUACUACCCAGGACGGCUCUUCAAGGCCUUUGUCAUUGACCCUCCGUCUCUCUUCUCCUAUCUCUGGAAGGGCGUUCGACCGUUCGUUGAGCUAUCAACGGCUACGAUCAUGGUUUCCUCCCUAGACUUCGAAGAGUCGAUGGAUUUCGACGACUUCUCCUCCUAUCCUCGCGCCUCGUCGCUCCGAUUCGACCCCUCAUCAACGGCCAAGAUCGGCUCCUGCUCCUCCUCCCGCUUCUCCUUCACCGUCUCUCACCACCAGAUCGACUCCCUCAAGCCGUGGUACCUCAGCCUCACCGACACGUCGUCCUCCAAGGUCGGGCCCACCACCCCCUCCCAUCUGGGACCCGCCCUCAUCUCCCCACACAACGCCAGGUCGUUCUCCUUCGCCUCCCCCGCCGCAAGGACGCCACGUGGCACCCUCCAUGGCUACGGCAACUCCGCCGCCACCCGGAAGAGCCUGUUCCCUUCGACCCCGCUCCCCCCGCGCUGCCGCCCCAUGACUUCGUCAUCCAGCGACGGCAGCAGGACCCCCCAUCCUCCCCGUCCGCCGCGGACCCCACGGCCGUCGUUCUUCCAGUCCCCGGCGACGUUCUUCCGCAAGGAGUGCCACGUCAGCCGGACGGAGAAGUCGCGCGAGUCGUUCGUCCCGUUCCUCAAGUUCUACCGGCGGCCGUACGACGAGAUGAUAUACCGGUCGAAAAUGCGGCCACCGCUCGGCGGGCUCGUCUCCAUUGUCUCCCCCCACCUCAGACGCCGCCACGUGUCCAUGUCCCAGCGGUACUGAUAUCCCAAACUCCCUGAAGAAGAAGAAGAAGAAGAAGAGCAAAAGUACAUAGAUUAAAAAUUAACAACUAAUAAUUGAUUAAUUAUAAAUGUUAUUAAAGUCCAACUCUGGUCGUGCAUGGGUUACAGAAAUAGAGAGAGAGAAAGAGACAGCGUGCUAGGCAAGGUGUUCGCCAUGUCUGAUUUUGAGCUCUGUGGUUGUGGGAAGGAUUUGAUUUUCCUCGCAAAAAAGGGAAAAAAAAAAAAAAAAGGUCUACGUUUUCGGGUUUCGAAGGCUUCAAAAA